AUGUUGAUUUUUAUUUAUAAAAAUAAACUUCAAGAUGCAUAUCCAAAUAUAUCCGUUGCUUACCAAAUAUAUCUUACAAUGCCAGUUACUUCAGCUUCGUGUGAACGAAGCUUUAGCAAAUUGAAAUUAAUAAAAACAUAUUUAAGAUCUACUACGGAGCAAGCAAGACUUAAUAACUUAUCUAUUUUAUCCAUAGAAAAUAAAAUUGCAAGACAAAUCAAUUAUGAAGACAUAAUUAAUGAUUUCGCUGCAAAAAAAGCUAGAAAAGUUAAUUUUUAA